CACCUUUGUGCUACUUCCAGCUCAAACACUCAUCAACUGUAGCUAGCGGUUAAUUGGACUGAUUUAUCACUCAAUUUUAUCUUAUCGCUGUGCAUGGUAUGAAUGAUAUGUGUAGCAGAAAGAAAACAGCAUUGAUAACACGUACACAAUUCCACUCAGCCGAAGCAAAUUUGAUGAUAAGGUGUGAUUUCUUGGUAGCUAAUGAAAAUAUGGCUAGAAUAGCUGAGCGAUCAAAAAAUUCCAGCUUAAGUCUUCAGUACAACAUUGGCAAUAAUAUAAUGUGGAUUGCGCGCAUAUUGCUUUGAAAAAAACAAAGAAACGGAAAAUAAAUACGACGCGAGUGUGUUGCAAUAUCGACGAGUGACAAAAAAAUAUUGUUUUCCAACGAGCAUUCACACGAAAUAUAACGGUAAAAAAAUGCAAGUGAAUUGAUGUCUACGUCGGCAGUACGGAAAUUUCGAAACUUUAUAUGCGCUAUUUGAUGCUUUUAUUAUCGAAAUUGGAAAACUAAAAAAAAAAAAAAAUAGAUCUUGAAAAUGUUGAGCGCCUUCAGUACGGUUGUACCAUACUUGAAAUUCAAUCCCACAUAUGUGAUCGUCGACAAUUUUGUUUUUAAAUUGCAUUAUCGAUGGACAUUCAUAAUUUUGUUGGUGGCCACCAUUUUGGUGUGCAUGCGUCAAUAUUUUGGUGAACAUAUAAAAUGUAUAACGGACACCAUACCGUCGCAUGUCAUAAACACAUAUUGCUUCUUUACGCCUACCUUCACGCUGGUGCGUCAUCUAAAUAAUAGCGCUUUGGAGAAGGGCAUCAUAUUUCAGCCUGGCAUUGGACCUGAAGAGUCGCAACAUGAAGAAGUCAAACGGCACGGUUACUAUCAGUGGGUACCCUUUGUACUCUUCGGACAGGCAUUGCUCUUCUACAUACCGCAUUCUUUGUGGAAAAGUAUUGAAGGUGGCCGCAUUAAGGCACUCGUCUUCGGUUUGCGUAUGGUCGGUCUCUCGCAGUAUUUAAAAAAUGAAAGUCUUAAAAUCGGAAAAAUUAAUAUGCCUUCUAUGGAGGAGACGGAGUCACGUGUGAAGAAUAUACGUCGUGCCAUGAUCGAUCGUAUGCGCAUUAAUCAAUCGUGGGGUGCACAUCUUGCUUUUACGGAAUUCCUGAAUUUGCUAAAUAUUUUAUUGCAAAUUUAUUUGACAAAUCGUUUUCUCGGCGGCGCCUUCUACAGCUUGGGAGUCAAAGUAAUACAAGAGCGUUGGACCGAUCAAAUGGAUGCUCUGGAUGUGGUAUUUCCGAAAAUCACGAAAUGUCAUUUUCGUAAAUUCGGUCCAAGUGGUUCACUACAGAUACAUGAUACACUCUGUGUUAUGGCAUUAAAUAUCAUCAACGAGAAGAUUUAUGCGAUUUUAUGGUUUUGGUAUCUUUUCGUGUUGGUGAUGACGAUAUUAGGACUGAUUUGGCGUUUAAGCACAUUUAUGUUGUAUAAAAAUGUUCGUUUUACAAAAUUAACUUUCGCAUAUUUCGCACGGCCAGGUCGCAUCGAUGAACAAGAACUGGCCGCUGUGGUCGCGAAGUGUAAUUUCUCGAAUUGGAUGUUCUUAUUCUUUCUACGCAGCAAUAUUUCCGAGUUUCUCUUCAAACGUGUGAUUUUUCAUUUGGCUAGCGAGUUGCCCGAUCCUGAGAAGGAUAACAGUAUUAACGCAUUCUUGGACAGGGAGCAUUCGGCUGCUAAGGCGGGACCAAGUGGAGUAGUACAUGCAAUGCAUCUAGAUGAAGUCGAUACGCCGCUGCUAAUUAGCAAAGACGGAGCUAAAGUUGAUUAGAACUCUAAAUGUUUUAUGGUAGGUUUCAUGCCAAUUUAGAUAUAAUUUAGAAGUCAACUACUUUUUUAUAAAGUGUAGAAUUUAAGUUUUCCAUGUUUAUUUAUUUCCAAUACUGUUAUUUUCUAACACUAAAUUUAGUUAAAUGAAUCGAAAUCAAAUAAAAUAAUUGAAUCUAAAGCUGA